CAAAUAAGUUAGAUGAGAAUAAACUGCUUUUGCAAACCAGUGAAGGUAUGUGUUUUUUUUUAGGGACAGAUGGAGAUGCAUUGAUAUAUGAUAUGAGAAAAUAGUCAAUCCAUUGUGGAUCUAGAGACAUUAAUUAUUAAUUUAGAACAAGGAGGGAAGCAGUGCAAACUGAGUAUUUCAUAAUGAAGUAGCAAGCGAGCAAGCAAGCAUAUGUGGAUGGAUGGAUCAUUCAACGAUGAUCUUGCCAACCAUUCCGGCUCCCUGAUGAGGCGAACAGUAGUAGGAAUAAGUGCCCUUCUCCGUCAAGGUGACCUUGAAGGUAUCCCUGGGCCCGUUCAGCAGAUCCUCCUCGCUCAUCGAGAUCUUCGAAGCGUCCACCCCGCUUGGCACCUCAUCCUCCUCGAACACCACGUUGUGCGGGAACGCCUUCCCGUUCUUGAACUCGAUCGUCUCCCCCGCCCCCACCCUCAGCUCCUGGGGGAUGAACACCAGCUCCCCGCCUCCCCCCCCCCCCCCCCCCCCCAGUAUCACCUGCGCCGCAUCCGCCGCCCCCA